AUGAUGAGUGACACUGAACCGUCAAACAUCAAUUCCCUGCUAUCGCCUGAUCUGACGCUGAUCAUUUUGCAUAUUUCUUUAAGAAAUUUAAGGGUGUUUGGGUCCAUCGGGCCAAGAACCUCCAUGCAUAUUGGCAAGAAUUCCAUCGAGGGGAGGGGGUUCCCAUAUUUUUUCAUUUUCUCGUCCGCUGCCCUGGCCGCGGUCAAACCGCAUUCUUUACUUGUCAGGGCGGUGCGCAGGGCUCCGUCAAAUUCGCCCAAUUUAGAAGGGUCAAUGUGUUUAGAUGUACGCAGGAAGUACAUCAAUUUGGGCAAACUGAGGGCAUUGCGGAUAAUAGUCAAGGCAUCAUGGGCCGAAAGACAGAAAACACGACCCAGGGCGAAUUUAAGCUCAGAGAGCUUUUGCCAACGAGUCACAGCUGCGUUCUUCAUACUGACAACGUUGACCGUGAUAUUCGGCUCGCCUCGUGGCUACUUCUCGAAAGAUAGUACCGACAAAAACCCGACACUACUCGACAAAACCGAUUCGGAUAUGGACGGUGUGCCGGAGUUAAUCGAGACUGGUUCAGAAAAUGGGGAUGGUGAUGUUUCAUACCAGGGCAAGGACCAUAUGAAGAAAAGAUUUUCAGAAUUUUUGGGAGGAAAAAGAAGCGAUAAAAGAUUUUCGGAGUUUCUCGGAGGAAGAAAAUGA